AACAACACAAUUAUAUAUCAAGCUAUUCUUCUUUCGCUAUCAACAAAUUGGCCCGCUUCCACUGCCUGAGACACCCCUCGCACUUUCAACUUGUAUAUAAGCAGCCGUUGCCUGACGACCGUCAAUAUCCACUUCGGUCUCUUCUUUGAUCUCUCUACCUCUCCUUCUCAUUCCAUUCACUUCGUUAUGUCUAAUUGCAGUGAGCUCUCUCACCUCAGAUGUGAGAUAAAGGUUGAUAGACUGUCAAACUUCGAUCUUGAUCUCCCGGGCAACUUGAGCAUCAGAUACUUUGUGGUGGCAGGAACCGGGAGAAGAAUUCGCGUCGACACGCGUGAGGUCCCUGCGACAGGCAACCCGCGUUGGGAGGAGAUCGCCACCAUCGAGUGCCAGGGCGCCGCCGACCCCGUAGGUGAACUGCUCGAGCCGCACACGGUGGUGUUCGAGCUUCGUUGGAGGAGGAGGAGAAGGGGUAGAGCUUCGGUUCUUGGAGGGUUCGCGGGGUCGAAGCUCUUGGGAAGAGCUGAGGUGGCGUGGAAGGAGGUGGUGGCCUCGCCGGACAUGGCGUCGAAGAGAUGCGUCAGAUUUGCUGCUGUGAGUUCCGAGCUUUGCGGGCUUGAACCUCCGAGCCUGUCAGUGGAGAUGAAGGCCGAAGUCACAGAAGCACCGAAGACGCAGAAGAUUGGCCAGAGUUUGGCCAUGGAGGGACGUGGUUGCACGAGCUGUGAUUGGGAUGGAAGCGAGGAGGAGAUCUUUCUUGCUGCAGCAACACUCAAUGCUUGGUAGAUGUUCACACGCAGAGCUACCAUGAGUGCGGGACUCAGGCUUUCAGCUGACCGUCCGCUUUGCAUGCGCUCGAAGUCAUUCGUCAAACCUUGUCGCUUACACUAAUGUAGUGUUCUGGUAUUUAAUGUUCGUGCAUCGUUUGACUGGUGAGUUCCAUUGAAAUCCAUGCAAUUUCCACAUAAAAGUUGACCACUGUAUCCUUGGUCAAAAUAGCAAA